AUGGAACAAGGGUUUUGUAACACUUUUGUCGUGUUACCACCCCUAACGGGUAACGGAUCCGUUAUAUUUGGUAAAAAUUCAGAUAGGCCAGAGGGAGAAGUACAAGAAUUGGUUUACGAACCAUCUAAACAAUACGUUUCUGGCGAAUCAUUAAAGUGCACUUACGUUGAGGUGAAACAAGUUGAUAAAACCUAUGCUGUGAUAUUAAGUAAACCAGCAUGGAUGUGGGGUUGUGAAAUGGGUGCCAACGAUCAGGGAGUCGCUAUUGGGAAUGGUCUUACUUUGAGCAAAUUAACUGAUACACAAUCGAAAACAUUAUUAGGAACAGAUUUAGUGAGGUUGGCAUUAGAAAGAAGCAAAACAUCAGAAGAGGCUGUCGAUGUGAUUACGAAUUUACUCGAAGAAUAUGGACAAUAUGGUUUUAGUCAUGAAUCAUCGCCUGAUUUAGUUUAUCAAUAUGUAUUUUUAAUUGCCGAUGCCAACGAAGCAUGGGUUCUCGAAACAUGCGGUAAAAAUUGGGUAGCUCAAAAAAUUUCGACGGGAUAUAGAAAUAUAUCAGGUUGUUAUAGCGUAGAAACAAAAUUUGAUAAAUCAUCUUCGAAUGUAAUUAGUUUUGCAAAGGAAAAAGGAUUUUGGAACGGAGAGGGAGAAUUUAAUUUUUCAACUGCUUAUGGUAACGAUGAUGAUAAAUCGUGCCAAAAGUAUCUUGCUGGACGAGAACUUUUGAAAAAAUUAACAGAAAAUAAAAAUUUUAAAGCGAAAGACAUGUUUGACAUAUUGAGAAACAAAGAGGGAAAAAUAUGCAAUGAUUCGCAAACGACCGGAAGUCAGGUAUCGGUUCUUUCGAAAAAGAAACCUUGUUGUCAUUGGUUCACGGCAACACCGGAUACCACAGUUUCCGUUUAUAAACCCUUCAUAUUUACACCAAAUGUAAAAGUAUCAUCAUAUUCUAAAAGUACUGAUGAAAACGAUGGUCGCCACGUAUUGCACAACCUUCACGGGACAGCGACGUCGAAUUCGAACAAUAAAGUAACUUGUCUCCUUCAGGACAUGGAAAGGAAUUGUCUCGAAGAAGUUGAAAAGUUUUUAGACGAAUACGAAGAAGGUCAGUCACUGAGCGAAGUCGACGAACUCCUUAAAGACGUCAUCGAAACCGAAGUUAAAUUUUAUAAAUAA